ACUUUGAAAGUAUCACAUCCUUGUUAGUACUUUGAACGGAUCACUAAAGAUGAACGGGUGUAAAAUAUCGACUCAAACUACCAGUCGUUAAUACAAACAUUUUUUUGUAAUUCAAAUAUGUUUUUAAUUUACGCUGGGAAAUAGUAGUUAAAUGUGUGCAAAUUUUAAACCAGUAACAAUGUGACUCACAUGCGUGACCAAAAUCUUGCUUUGUUUUAAAGAAUGUCAAAUAACUUUUACCAUAUGUUGCAUCAAAUAGUAAAAGUGAAAAUGUAGAUGUUGUAUAUAAAAGUCAAACUAUUUCAAGUAUACAAAGAAUGUUAUAUACAAUACUAGUAAGUAAAUAUGUGGAGUAUUUUAUUUCUAACACAUCAAUGAUAUGAUAGAAAGGUCAUCUAUUGUUAUUAAGGGGUUGACUGUACCUUAAGUGUAAACUUCUGAGCAUAUUAAUUGGAAUAUUAAGAAUAUAUGAAAACACCUUCAUGCCGAAACAGAUUAUUAUGGAUGAAAUAGGAAUGGAUAAUGGUAUUAUUCCAUUAAGGAAUGGGAGUUUACCAGGCCAGGUGAAAUUACCCAAACGUUAUGAGUCAGCAUUUCAAGAUAAUAACAAUACUGCCAAGAUACCUCGUCAUCGUAAGAUUAGUUUCGCCCAGGUCAAUGGAAACACAAUGUCAGAUCGUAUAAGUGAUUUGAUGCAAGCCAUGAAAUGGGUCAAACAAGAACUGAUAAUGUUACGGCAACAUGAUAUUUUGUUGAAAAGACAGUUUUUUAAUAUACAAGAUACAAUAAAAACUCUUCAUAAAGACAGUGUAGAUGGUAUAUCUAAUGGUACUAGUGCGAACGAUAACACGCAACCUAGAAUAUAUGAACACUUAUUUUUAAGAACAUCUUCUAGUAUAACGGCUAUAAACGAAGAUGACGAGGACUCGGACUCGGAAGAAAUAGAAUUCCGGCCUCGGACUGGCUCCAUGACAACCUCACGUGAUCUCGCUGCUUUAGCCAGGAGGCGAGGGAGUAAGGAGUUAAUAUGACACUGUGUUUCUCUUGGUUUUAUCUAAAAUGUGAAAUUUUGUGAAAGAAAAAGUCUAUGUCAUCAGUGAAUGUAAUUGUUGCGAUGGAAUGUGUUGUCGCCAACCGGAAACAUGUUAUGGUCUGCUAUCAUUUUCCACAAUGUGAAUGUCAACAUGAAGCUGUAUUUGGAUCUGCAGACGUCGGCUUAUUUCUUAAUGGAUUAUUUCAGAUUCACAAUUUACAUCAAUAAUAUUUUGAUUGCACCACAUAACGCACAUGAAUUAUGGCUUGCGUUUCGUGUCUAGUUUCUCAUUUAUAUUGUGUAACAGGAAAUUGUUUCUUGAUCCAGUUCUGUUUUCUGGGGUGUCGUCUUUGUGUAUUUUAUGGAUUUGAACGUUUUGAUGAAUACCAAACGUCUGACCUGUCGACAUCACAGUCAAUAUUUAAAACAUAAACAUAGUUAUUUGUUUUAUACGGAGCAAACAUUGUACAUAUUGACUUUAUUUAUAUACAUGUAUUGUAUGAUAUUUACUAUUAUUAAAUAUUUUUAAAGUUGUUCA